AUUUUAAAGUUGUCAUAUAUCAUAUAUUUAUACCAAGGAGGGUAACCGAUUUUUCAUUUCCGUCAAAUUCUUGGUUUUGGGCUUAGUGAAUAGCUAGUUUGGAAACGAUUUAUCAUAUUUUAUAUUUCAUUUCAAGUUUCAAAUUCAACUUAUAAUUCACAAUGGCAGACGAAAACAGAAUCAGAAGUUUCAAAAACAAAGGAAAGGACACUGAGGAAAUGAGGAGGAGACGUAUCGGACAAAGUGUAGAGCUACGAAAAGCUCGAAAAGAGGACCAGCUGCUCAAACGUAGGAACAUAUCAACUGCAGAAGAACCAACUUCUCCGCUUCAAGAGAGCAACUCCACCUCACCUGUUACCAUGAGUACUGAGGAAAUCAUGUAUGGAAUGAUGAAUGGAGAUGAGACUGUUCAGUUCCGGGCAACUCUUGCUUGUAGAAAGAUUUUGAGUAGAGAACGAAACCCUCCAAUCGAUCAUAUGAUUAGGUUAGGAGUUGUUCCAAAAUGUGUCGAAUUUUUGGGAAAAACUCACAAUCCACCUCUUCAAUUCGAAGCCUGCUGGGCCCUAACUAAUAUUGCUUCCGGUACAUCGGAACAAACUGCUGCUGUGGUCCAGGAAGGAGCUGUGCCCAAACUUCAGUUGCUUCUUGCUUCUCCCAGAAAUGAUGUUGCAGAACAAGCGGUUUGGGCCUUGGGAAAUAUUGCAGGUGACGGUCCAGCCACCAGAGAUUUGGUAUUGAAUUGCGGAGUGUUGCCUGAUUUACUAAAUUUAAUCAAGCCCAACACAUCUUUGUCCUUGCUCAGAAAUACUGUUUGGGCCAUAUCAAAUUUAUGUAGAAACAAGAAUCCGUCGCCAGACUUCAAUCUUGUCAAGCCUGCUCUUGCAGUAUUAGCUCAACUCCUAUACAGUGCAGACAGCGACGUUCAGGCCGACACAUGCUGGGCUUUGAGCUACCUCACAGACGGUCCCAACGAAAAAAUCCAAGCUGUUCUCGACACUGGUCUAGUGCACAGGCUAGUCGAAUUGUUGAACAGUUCGGAAAGCUCCGUACUGACCCCUGCAUUGAGGGCUGUUGGUAAUAUUGUUACUGGAAGUGACCAGCAGACCGACUUGGUCAUUCAGGCGGGAGCCUUGAACUACAUGGGUGGUUUGUUGAAGCAUACUAGGUUGAACAUUGUGAAGGAGGCAGCAUGGACCGUUUCAAAUAUUACUGCUGGAAACAGCGAACAAAUCCAAAAAGUCCUUGAUGCAGGCAUCAUGGCCCCUCUUCUGCAUGUUCUUCAAACUGGCGAUUUCAAGAGCCAAAAAGAGGCUGCAUGGGCCGUUACAAACUACACUAGUGGCGGAACUAUAGCUCAGCUAGCCAAACUAGUAGAAAUGGGAGCUCUCAAACCGAUGUGCAACCUUUUGAAUUCCAAAGAUUAUAAGACUGUCGCUGUUGUACUGGAUGGACUUACCAAUAUAUUGAAUGCUGCCAAUAAAAUGGGAGAAGUGGAGAAGGUGGCCAUCAUGAUUGAGGAAUGCGGAGGACUGGAUGGAAUUGAAUCUCUGCAAACUCAUGACAAUGAAAAAAUUUAUGAAAAGGCUCUCAACAUCAUCGAAAAUUUCUUCUCUGACGCUGGAAUGGAUGACAACAUGCCUACUCCUUCAUCAGCAGAUGGACAGAUCCAGUUUGCAGCUCCAACGCAAGUGCCUAACGGAGGAUUUUCAUUUUAAAUUGAUUUUUCUUUCUUUGUGUCAUUCUGGCAUUCCAGCAUAUAAUAACCCUGAUUAGUGAGAACAGAAUAUCAAUCUAGUUUUUAAAUAUUUUCUACUUUUAUAUUUAUCAAAGUUCGUAUUGUAUUUAGCCAUAAUUUGUAACUUGAGUUGUAGAGUAGCAGCUUCGAUUUGUAUCAUUAGUUUUGUUGUUUUUUCCAAUUAUUACUAUUUGUGUAUAUUCUCUGAAUCACGUCUCAAAUUU